CAAGUGGUUGGGUAAGCGUCUGGAAACGAGAAUACAGUGGCGUGCAAAGUCAAGUUGCGAGAUCUCGAGACCAUCCAAGAAAUUUAGUGAGAUUACUGUGAGAGAAUUAUCAUGUCGUCGAGUGUGAAUUCGCCGAACGUUUGUUUAGAAACAAGCAUGGGCAAGAUUACUGUAGAAUUAUACUGGAAACAUUCUCCAAAGACUUGCAAGAACUUUGCAGAGCUAGCAAGGAGAGGAUAUUACAACGGUGUUAAGUUUCAUCGGAUCAUCAAGAACUUCAUGGUACAAGGAGGUGAUCCAACAGGCACAGGGCGUGGUGGAAACUCAAUCUGGGGGAGUCAGUUUGAGGAUGAGAUCACAACAGACUUAAAACACACAGGAGCCGGAAUUGUGUCUAUGGCAAAUAGUGGACCGAAUAGCAAUGGAAGCCAAUUUUUCCUCACCUUAGCUCCCACCCAGUGGCUAGAUGGCAAGCACACUAUAUUUGGACGGGUGAGUGGUGGCAUCAGUGUCCUGAAGCGCCUUGGCAUGGUACAGACCGACGUGGACGAUCGACCUAGAGUGGACAUUGUUAUAGUAAAGGCAUACCCAGAAGCAGGAUAAGAGCCUCUCUUAACAGCAGACAAUAACAUUCAUUGUUACUACAUGUAUUUGCUGGAAGUGUGAACUGAAGGUUACUCGGGGAUGAAAGUUCGUAUCGUACAUACCUGACCAGUUUCAUCUUACAGUCAGCCGAGUAUCAUCUUGUAAUAGAAUGGAAGGAUAAUACAUCAGAAUGAACUAUCAGUCACAACUAUCUUUAGCAUAAUAUUUAUCUUCAUCUAAGAUUGCAGUUCUUUGGUAAUGUUCAGUAAUGUGAAUUACACUCGAGCAUCAUGCAACACUCCUAUCUCAGUUUCAAUUGAAUGAAUUAAGCGUUGCCGUAGACAAAAUUGUGUCAAAUUCUUUUCCCAUUCCAUGCUUGAGAAGUGGUUUUAUAUCAAAAAGGGGAAAAGGAACCCAAAUUCACGACAAAUGUAAAAUCUUGUUUUUAUUUUUUUCCUGUGCAUUUUAAGAGUACACUAUACAUUGUACAGUAUGUAACUUUUGAGAAUAUACUAAAAAUCUCAAUUUGUCCAACAAUGACAGGCAAAGUAUAACUGACAGGUCAGUGAAGUAUCCUUCAGAAUUUAUGUUGUAGGCUAGUUGAAGCUUUCAUUGAAAAUUUGGGAAGGAAAAAAAAGAUAAUUUUUUAAUGAAAGAAAUACCCUUUCCUACAAAUGUACCAAUGUACAUGUUCUGAUCCAUUAUUGAGUAUAAUAUCUGAUAAAUGGGAAACAAUCCAUGUUUACAGCAACACAAAACCUAUUGGUUUCACUAAACCCUUUCUAUAAUUAUUAUUAUACAAUGUAUGUUUCUUCUAAAUCUUACCAGUAAUGUUUUUAAGAAGCAAUCUGCAAAAGCGUACUAGCAUAUUGAAUUUGAUAUUUUAAUACAUCAAGGCUUUAAUCAUUUCAAGGCUACCAAAGUAAUUACCUUGGCUGCUAUUUAUUGGCCACUGUGCCCCUUUUAUCAGCCUUGGAUUUUUGGUGCCCGGUUUAUUUGUCCUUCAUGUACCGGUAUUUGUGCUAUAUUUUAAAAAUAUGAAUGUUGCCUUUAGAAAGGUGGUCUUACUCUCAAAAGGUCUGAUAUUUUGUAUUUUUUUUAGUAGUUGGAUAGAUUUCUUUAAAGAAUGAUAUUACAAAGUGCACAGAACAAUCAAAACUCAAAUAGGGAGGAUGGUAAUCAUGGUACAUGUAUUACAUGAAAAUUAUCUUUUGCAAGCUUAAACAUCAAAUAUCUUAUAUCGGGGGGGGGGGGGGGGGGGUGUAUGGUGUAUGGGCAAGUCAAUCACAUUCAUGUACAUGUAUCCAAAUGGAAGCCUAAAGUUCAUUUAGUGGUUGUUUCAUGAAGCUGUUCAGAAAGUUAAUUGCGACUUUAAGAAUGACUGGUGAAUAUUUCUUAUGCACUUUACCAUCGCCAAUGAACAUUUUGGUAUAUAUUCUUAAAAUCGCUCUUAACUUGCUAACAGCUUCAUGAAACACCCACCUGGCGUUACAAGUUAUCUCUAUUUGACUUUUUUAAUAAAUGAUGAAAAAAUGA